AUAACAUGAAUUGAUGACAAUAUUUUUUUGUGAAAUGCUUUAGCAAGCAAAACGCCAUUGAACGAUACUCUAUGUAUACAAAAGAAAUUGCAACUUGGAAGAGUGAAAAGGAGCGACACAUGCAGGAAGUGGAGUUUUUAAGCUCAGACAAGUGCUUAUUCUAGUCUCCUAUAAACAAGUUGCCAAGGGGGCUCUCCAAAAUAUGAUUAUAAUACUUCAUCAAUUUGAGCAAAUCUUUCCAAGCAUUAAUCAAAUCCAUGCAAUCUUUUGUUUUAGCUAGAUUUUGUGGCUUGAUUCUUCGAUACAUAGGAUUUGAUUGCUCUAUAUAUAAUCUACAAUACAUCUUCAUUGCUCUCAUUAAACAGUUCACUUCAUGAGUUAAAAUCAAUUACUAGCCUACAGGUGCUAAUAGUACUUACGGUUUCCUCGAAAAAAUUUCGAAGCGCAGCACUCGAGGAUUGAAAGAGCAAAUAUGUUUAAGAAGAUUGAGUUCCUGGAAGUUUCUAAAAGCUGUUGGGUCAAGGAUUGGGCCCAUGUUCUGUCAAGGAACUUCAAGAGAUUGGUGGCCAGCUGGAUCAGAGCUUGAAAAACAUUGGGGCAAGAAAGGUUUGCAACCUUUAGAUUUGCAUUUAGGCUAAAACUGAUUACAUUAAUGAAUCAAUACAUGAUUACAAGACUUCUACUUUUGAUGGAAAAUUAGCAUUUGAGUUACUAUCAAAUGAGCUUUUUGGCAUAUUUAUAGUGUGUCUGCACCUUUAUUGGACCCUCAUAGACAUACAGCAGCCACAUUUCCUCAAACUCGCCUCCUUAGGUUAUACUCAUGGAUAGAGCUGCAACCCACAUUACUUUAACCAUUUAUGUGGUCCAAGAUCUCCUCCAUGAUUUAGGAUUGCCGGGUUGGAGUCUCUAAGAUACCAUGUAAUAAAUUCAAUGUGCCAUCUACCUACAUGUAAGGGACUUUGGCUCGACGUUCCUCAUACCAUUGAUCUAAAUUUCUUUAGUGUACUAGAUUCUUCAUUGUGCCCUGCAUUUACCUACACACAAUUCUUAGACAAUACUUGAAAAUUGUGUUUGCUUGCAUGAAAGUACAUAGAGUAAGCAUCUUUUGUCCUAUAUCAUAGGCCCAGUUAUACGAGGAGCACAUAAAGGAACUAAAAGCAAAGGAGAGAAUAAUGUUAAAAGAAAAUGCGAAGUUAUGCCAAAAGAUGUGUUUUGGUGAGUUUUUCAUUUCCAAAUCUCGGAGUUCUCUUUGUACUUGAAAAAAAACACCCACAGUUUUGUAGUCCAAACUAACAUUAGAAUGCAAAAGCGGGGUGUUGGAUGAUAGAGACCAUUCUACAAGACCCUCGUCAUCUAAUGUUUCAAAUUUUGUAAUAUAGUAUAAUUCAUAUUGCAAAAUACUGUUUUAAUAGAAAAAAAUUAUCUGACUCUUUUGAUAUUGGUAAUAGUGUUAUGGUGGGAGGCUGUGGCAUCAACUACUAACCCAACAAAGGAAAGCAAUUUGGUUGCACCCAAAAUAACCAAUGCGUGGAGGUUGUGACAAAAUUGUUCAUUAGA